UUUUAGUUUUAUCAUCAUGUCAUCUUGAAAAGGUGGGAGAACAUCGUUGCAUCCCAUGGAAGAUGGUUAAGUCAAGCUUAUAGAAAGAUCAAAAACAAAAACACCCAGGGCACACUUAUUAGGAUGCGGCUGUCCACCAACCCCUCUGUAAGGUUUGCUGUACUUAUUUCUGCCACGCGUGUGCCGGGGAGAAAAACGUCUGGUAAAUUCCGGAUUGAAGUGUGCACCAAAACUACUUCGGGCGCACCGCUGGAUUUCUGAUACAGGUCUGGGCUAAGAAAUCUGUAUUUGAGAUGAACCAGGAACCGGGGGGCCACAGCCUCAGGGGCAGCUCUGAACAGGCGGACGUCAGAAUCGGCCUCGUGACGCCCACCACCUCCGGCCACCAACACCAACCAGACUCACAUAGGGCUGACCUCUGUCGCCGACCACCUGACCAGCCUACCAAGCCCGAAGGGUGCCCUGACCACUCGCGCCAGACUGAUCUGCAGGGAGCUGGGAUGCCGGCCGCAGAGAAUCUGCGGGACAUUAAAAGAAAGCCCGCCCACCUACCUUCAACGUUUCAUAAAAGACUGUAACACCAAAAAAGGUGAAGAUUUCCAAGCUCAUACCCUGGGCCACUUCUGCCUCUACUCUACCAGCUCAUCGCCACUCAAACAUUGCUCUGGGAGCUGGAGGGGAGCACAUCAGGGAGCAGAGACCAUGUCCGGAAAUGCGACCAGGGCUCUGAGGAAAGGAUGCCCGCCCCCAGGGCCGGUCCCAGAGGGCAUUAUCCGCCUCUACAGCAUGAGGUUCUGCCCCUACGCGCACCGAACCCGCCUUGUCAUGCAUGCCAAAGGAAUCAAAUACCAAGUUGUCAACAUUAAUCUGAGAUGCAAGCCCGACUGGUUCUACACAAAACACCCUUUUGGCCAAGUACCGGUCCUGGAGAAUUGCCACUGCCAGCUCAUCUAUGAAUCGGCCAUCGCCUGUGAGUACUUGGAUGAUGCUUAUCCUGGAAAGAAGCUGUUACCUUGUGACCCUUAUGAGCGAGCCCGCCAAAAGAUGCUAUUGGAGCUAUUCUGCAAGGUCCCAGGUUUGGCCAAGGAGUGUCUGAUAGCACUCAGAAACCGGAGAGACUGCUCGGAACUGAAGGCGGCUCUGCGCCAGGAAUUCUGCAACCUGGAAGAGAUUCUUUGCUAUCAGAAGACUUGCUUCUUCGGCGGGAACUGUAUAACCAUGAUUGAUUACCUCCUUUGGCCCUGGUUUGAGCGACUGGAUGUAUACGGGAUCGCUGACUGCGUGGACCACACCCCGACACUCAAGCUCUGGAUGGCAUCCAUGAGGCAGGACCCCUCAGUGUGUGCCCUUAUGAUCGAUAAGUGCACCUUCCUGGGCUUCCUGAACCUCUACUUUCAGAACAGCCUCGAAGCCUUUGACUAUGGACUCACUUGUUGAGCGUCAUGGCCGCCCCAUCUGAUGCCCGCCGUUCUCAAACACGUUGUGUGGGUAUGCAGUGGGGACUGCCUUGCAGGGGAUAAACCUCUGUGUCUUUGCUGAGGCUCCCAAUAAAACCGGAAGUAGGAAAUGCA